AUGAUCGGGUCUAGGAUAGGACCCGGACUCAAACAAAGACCUGCAGGUCAAAAAAACACAAUAGAUUAUCUUCUUUAUACCUAAACUAAACCUAUAAUUUUGGAUCGGUUCGGUUUGUUUUUUUGAUCCGAAUAUAAUUUUCAUGUCGAAAAGAAACUUACGUAAAAGUGUACAUAUAAAAUCUCAAAUAAACUAAUUUGUAGAUUAUAUAGCUGUUAAAAAUUAUGUUUUUCGAUAUAAUAAAACUUUGUAUUAUAAUAUAAUCGAACAACCUCGCGCUUUCCAAUCGCGGAUCAAAAUCUAGUUAUUAGUUAAAAAUCAUUGAGGAACUGUACUUAGGUAACAAAUCCUCCUAAAAAGUUAUUUUUUCAAACAUCAUUGGUAAUAUAUCUAAUUAACCCGUGAAAAUCUAUCCUUCAAAGAUCAUCAAAAAUUUUAUUGGAUUUUGACGGAACUUAUUUCAAUUUUCUUAUGAAAUUAUUUAGUUAUUUGAAAUAAAUAAUUGAACAAAUUUCAUUACUAGAAAAUAAAAUAAAAUACAAAGCACUAAAAUAGUUCAAUAAAACAGAAAAACGAUUCUCUGUUGGAAAAUCUGGAAGUUUCAUUCAUAGAAAUUCCUACAACUUGAAGAAUUCACUACAGUAGUGUUGUUUAUUUCUUCCAAAUUAACAGGAUGAUUUUUGUUGAGAUAGUUGCGUAAGUCAGAUCAGAUCAGGAUGUCUCCUGCCUUACUCGUCUAGAUAAAUUAACAUAUUUGUUAUAAAAACUAUAAUUAAACAAUUAUAAAAAUAUUGAUUAAAAGAAGAAAUAUAUAUACUAGAUCGUCGUCGUGGGUUUCUAUAUUUUCAUAGCAUCACCCAUUAUACGUUGCAGUUUCGUUACUAUACCUAGCUCUAUCACUUUCACGGUUCUUUAAGGAGUAAUUUUCGUUCUAAUACGCCGUGAACCCAUCCCAAAUCGUUGUGUUCAAAUUGACCGACUUCUCUUUACCGUUUCCACUUGUUCAGGUGGUUGGAGUCUUAAGUUUUUGGUUGCUUGUCAAACUUAUGAUUUUUUGUCCCAACUGUAUACUCUUACUAUAGAUGAAAAAAAAAAACCUUUUUAUUAGUGUUCCAGUUACAAAAAUAACAUUUAUAUUAGUGUUGAUAUAUUUUUAGAAAGUCAAAAUACAGUAGAGAUAGUUUUCCACGCGUAAAGAUAAUGUGAUAUCAGUAAACGAAAACUAUGGGUGAUUUCCGGAUACACGCGCGUGAUAGGCUCAAUCCUAAAAAGGGUACAUGCAAAAAUGAAAAGACACCACCAAAAACGGUAUUUCGUAAUUUUAUUUUCUUCUUUUCAGUGUCUUCUUCUCACAUUUCGGCUCGAGAUUUAUUUGACACCGUACCCGACCAUUUUAUCAAAAGUGUAAUGGCUAAGCUGCUUUCAAGAUGUUUUUUUUUUUGGACAAAUCUGCUUUCAAGACGUUUUAAGCCACCAAUAUAUUUAAGUUCAACUUUUAUUUAUGACCAGGUUCAAAUAUCAACUACAAUUAUAUCUUACAAACAUUUUUGGUAUUCAAAUUUAGAACUGAUAAAUACUAUUGCUUUCUCCGUUUUAGUUUAUUGUCGUCAUAUUAUAAAAUUUUCGUUUCAAAAUAAGUGUCGUUUUAAAAUUUCAAUGUAAAUUUAUUAAUAAUAUUUUUUAAUUUAUUUUUGUAUUGGUUGAAAUAUGGUUAGUGUAUGAAUACUGAUGUUUUUAUUUUAGAAAUAUGUAAAAUUAAAUAUUUUUGUGCAUAAACCUAAAAAGACAGCUAUAAUGAAAGGGAUUAAAUAUACAAAUUUUGAUGUCCAUAUUAUUAUAACCAUUACUGGGAGAUGUCGUGUAUCAUUUGAAUUUUUGUUGCUCACCUUUUUAAAAAUAUGCAUACUUGUAUUGUUGUAGUAGUAACGUACCGAAUGAAAAAUAAAAUACUAACGUACAGAAUGAUAUAGUUACGUUACAAGGUUGAUUGUUUUUGGUGUUACGGUUUCUCUCUAUAAGUGGUUUUGUGACGCUUGUCGGCUAAUAUGACACGUGAUAAGCUUUUGACUAACACCUCUCCAAAAGUCUAAAGCGUUUACAACACGUCAAAAUUUUGAAGACAAGUGUGCCUCGGAUGGACUCUACUGAGUAAAAAAUAAAUCAUGUUUUUGUUUUUUUUUACAAUAGAAAAACAAUGUAACUGCCUUAAAUCAAGUAUAUAUUGUAUUUUACUAAUGUAUCCACCUGCUAAAAAUUCGUGUAUAAAUUUACACUACAGCAAUUCAAAUUUCCUCAUGGAGUUUAUUACUUAAAUCAAUCAUAAGUCAAACCUAGCUAAAAUUGUUAGGAACUCGAUACAAUCUUAUUCUUAAAAGGAGCCGAUUAAAUAUUCUUAUAUUUCUAACUAAGAAAAUAAAUAAAUGAAGGAGUAACACCAUACACUUACAUUAAUAAUAUAGUGCCAUGUGGAUAAAAAUAAAACUUAUUUAAAACGAUGCCCUUUAGGGCGACGGACCCGCCACCACCUUUUCUCUCCUAUAAGACACACGCAAUACCCACGACGAAGUAAGAACCUGUAGACACAUACAAAUAGUUGAAAUCACUCGCAAAAUUUCUCAGAUACACACCAAAGCAAAAUUCAAGAAAGUAAACAAAUGGCAUUUCUUCUAAACAUUUUUCUUCUAGCGGUUCUUGUAAUGAUCAUCCUAUUAAUUUUAUCUUCAUAUUCAACAAAAAAGAUCCAAGAAACCACCGCAAAUGGUCCAAGAGCGUAUCCACUCAUUGGCUCCACACUCUCUUUCAACAAAAACCGUCACCGUCUUCUCCAAUGGUACACCGAACUCCUCCGUCUCUCUCCGUCGCAGACCAUCUCAAUUCCUCUCCUUGGAAGCCGUCGCACCAUCGUCACAGCCAACCCAGAAAACGUAGAAUACAUUCUCAAGACAAAUUUCUUCAACUUCCCAAAAGGGAAACCUUUCACCGAUCUUCUCGGUGAUCUACUCGGAAAAGGCAUUUUUAACGUCGACGGUCAUGCAUGGAGUUCGCAGCGUAAACUCGCUAGCCACGAGUUUUCUGCUCGUUCGCUGAGGAGUUUCUCUUUCGAGGUUCUUAAAGAAGAAGUCGAGAACCGUCUUGUACCGGGGCUGUCUGCGGCGGCUGAUGCUGGUACGACAGUAGACUUGCAAGAUGUUUUGAAACGUUUUGCUUUCGAUGUUGUUUGUAAAGUCUCUUUGGGUUGGGAUCCGGAUUGUUUGGAUUUGACCCGACCCGUUAACCCACUUGCCGAGGCGUUUGAUACGGCUACUGAGAUUAGUGCUCGCCGUGCCACGGAGCCGGUUUACGCUGUUUGGAAAGUGAAGAGAGCGCUGAACGUGGGAAGCGAGAGGAGGUUGAGAGAAGCGAUUAGGACCGUCCACGUGUUGGUGUCCGAGAUUGUCAGAGCUAAGAAGAAGAGUCUUGAGAUAGGGACCGGAGAAGAAGCCAAACAAGAUCUUCUGUCGAGGUUUCUAGCCGCCGGCCACGACGGAGAAUCGGUGAGAGACAUGGUUAUUAGUUUCAUCAUGGCGGGAAGGGAUACGACUUCAGCGGCGAUGACGUGGCUGUUUUGGUUGUUGUCUGAGAACGGUAACGUGGAGAGGAAGCUUCUAGAGGAAGUGGACCCGUUGAUAAGUUUAGGGCUAGGGUUUGAGGAACUGAAAGAGAUGAGCUACACGAAGGCUUGCUUAUGUGAAGCCAUGAGGCUUUACCCACCUGUGUCGUGGGACUCAAAGCAUGCUGCAAACGACGACGUUUUGCCUGACGGCACACGUGUUAAAAAAGGAGAUAAGGUGACUUAUUUUCCGUACGGUAUGGGGAGGAUGGAGAAUCUGUGGGGGAAGGACUGGGAUGAGUUUAAACCAAGCCGGUGGUUUGAUUCUGAACCGGGGAGUACACGGCCGGUUUUGAAACCGGUUAGUCCUUUCAAGUUUCCGGUUUUCCAGGCUGGACCCAGGGUUUGUGUAGGGAAGGAGAUGGCGUUCAUGCAGAUGAAGUACGUGGUUGGUUACGUUUUGAGUCGGUUUGAGAUUGUAACGGUUAAUAAGGACAAGCCGGCUUUUGUUCCUCUUUUGACAGCUCAUAUGGCUGGUGGACUCAAGGUGAAGAUCAAGAGGAGGGAAGUCAUGUCACAUCCUUGACCAUGCACGCACGUUUUAAUAGAAUAAUUUAGGAAACGUAAAAUGAGUGAAUUUGUAUACUAGUACCGUAGUACGGUAAACUCGUGCAAAAAAAUAUAAUCUAUAGAUUACUAAGGCAUGAAAACAACCGGUAUUUGUUUGCACCAACCUACUAUGUUUCAAAGAAACCAGUAAAAAUCAGAAAUUAAUAGGAGCAAUUGGGUCAGACAACCAAAUCAAAUUGGAAUGAGUAAAGCGAUCACAACCAAUACUAAAUCCGCAAUUGAUUUUUAUUUCGGUCCGGACACUUAAAGGAAUUAGCAAAAUAUCGCAAGACAAAUUUUGCAACGUCUAUUUUUAUGUUCGUAAAUUGCUACAAUUGUUGGCAGUUUACAAUCGGUCCGGACACUUAAAGGAAUUAGCAAAAUUUUGACAAUCUGGCCUGGAUUCACGUUGCUGCCAGAUUCCAAAGCCAAGUUUCGGAAGCAACCGUACAAUUUACUAUGUAAGAAAUUUCCUGCUGUAUCUUUUAUAGGAGGUGCAGUUCUUUCAGAGUUAAGAUUUGGCUUGUUGAACAGACUAAGAGACUGAGAAGAGGCUUACAAUUGACUGAGUCUCUUAGCCAUGGAUGGUUCACUACUUCACUGUAAGUACCUCUCUAGAAAUCUAAGGAGUUCAUGCCAACAUUUCCUCCAAACCGUAAUUGAGGAGUCUAAAUAUUUGUAUUCUUAUUUUGUAAGCUUUUAAACCAAAGAGAUGAUUAGGAGGAACUUGCUGAUCUAGUGGUCCAUAAAAGGUGUGUGUGUCUGUCGCUCUCUCUACCUUGUAUAAAUACCAGUAUCAAAAUUAAUUGAGAGAGAUACGUUGCUUUUGAGUUUCUUUCCUUAGGUUGAUAGUCUUUUCUUUUUGUGUUAUCUUCUUCACGAGGUAUAUAAUACUCUAAAGAGUUAGCCUAAAAGAUGGAAGGGGACUUUGCCAUCUGUAAGUUGUGUUACGUGUGCCAUAAGGUUACGUGAACCUGUAGUUUUUUUUUAUAGGUUCGUGCCUUAUAUAGUUUCCUCAUUUAUUCUAAUACGCGGUAUGUUCUGUAACAAUGUUUCUGUAAGAUUGCUGAUCGUUUUAAAACCACUUAUGGUCUGGACAUGGUGUCUACUGGUGAGUAAGCGAUGCAUAAUGGCUCAUUUCGUUUAUUUUAACUCCUUUUUUGUGGGUCGCUUCACUGUCUUUAUUGGUAGAUGGCAAGCGUGAGCUGAAAUUAAGACUCAGAUCUUGACUAGUUCCCUUAAACCACCAUGAAGCAAAAAUGUUGCUGUAUUCCUCGAAUACUUACUAGGCGAUCACCGAGAUGUUCUUGUAUGGAGUCUACUAUAACAGAAAUUUAGUGGAGGAUGAUUGUAGACGUGACAAUCUAUGUAUGUUGUGGUCAUUCGAGUGCUAGAUUCAACUUGCGCUUGUUGUAGCUACUGCUGUCAGUGAUUUACUACUACUACUACUACAAUUUCACGUAUAGACAAGCCCUCACUCUUGUACACCACAACAAAACUCGAUACGACGAGCAGAACACAAUUUUACCAUAUCUUGACCAUCUUGUAGAUCAUGAUCAUGCGUUCACGAAAUGAAAGCCUACCAAAGGAGAAAAAAAGAGCCCGUCCGUUCUUAACGUUUUUAUCUUUUUUGUCGACAAUAUUAAAAUGUUAUAUUGUUACCAAUUUUCAGUUUAGUAGCAGAAGGAGAAAAAUUAAAAUACAACAGCAAACAAAGACGGAAGAAACACUGACCAAAAGACAAGCGCAUGGCAAUAUAGACUGAAGCAAACCUAAGCUAGAAGACUGAGAAUAAGCCACGUCUGAUCAAACUUCAGCUAGGAUCUAGGUCGAUGGCUCAUUGAUCUCAACACAUACGAAUCAGGGGGAACAUCAUCGACAGCAGACCCCUGCUAAGCUAGCCAAGCAACACCUAAGAACCAUGCACACCGAUGAUGCCUUACUAUUACUCGGCAUUUGUAGCUACUAAUCAGCUAACAAAACGAGCAACUUCUGAUCUAAAAGAGCUACCUUAUAUAGUAUUGAGUAACCAAGCAACCAACCCAUUGACCUUGAUCCCCAUCGAAGAUGACAAUGAUUUUAAAAAUAUCAACGUGUGACUAAUUACUAAUUAGCUAACCAAAAUGAGUAACUGAAACCUAUACUUGUAGGGCAAUCAAGCUAACUUUAUGUUUCAAACUUUGCCUGUUACCCACACACACAAAAUCAAGUUUCAUAGGUGGAAACUUAUUAGCUAUGUAGUGUUCUCUCUAGUUUGGUCCAAAGGAAGUAACAUAAUAGAACAAACCAUGAAUCGUGAAACAAGAAAGAAUAUAUAACUAAGUAGAUAGGAGCAACAUACAGGUACACUCAUACCGCUGAAUCUUGCCAGUCAAUGGAUUGAACAAUUCCAGGGUACCACGGUCUAGCUGCCAGACAAAGCGUUAAAUGAGACCAAAAGCUAACUAGGAAGAAAAUUAGAUUCAUAAUAUUAUUUUUAUCUAAGAAAUCAUGAAAUUCGAAAUACAGAGUUGAAAAUGAAAACGCGAAGAAAAAAUGUUUCAAAACUCAAGCAUCAA